UUCUCUUACCAGGCUGCUGGCAUUUCAAAGAAUCUUGCCCCAACUAUUGGUAUUGCAGUUGAUCAUCGCCGUAAGAACAGAUCCCUUGAAGGUCUUCAGGCCAAUGUUCAGAGGCUUAAGACCUAUAAGGCCAAGCUUGUUGUCUUCCCAAGGCGCGCUCGCAAGUUCAAGGCUGGUGAUUCUACUGUUGAGGAGCUUGCAACUUCAGCUCAAGUCCAAGGACCAUACAUGCCUAUUUCUCUUGAGAAGCCUUAUGUUGAGCUUGUGAAGGUCACUGAGGAAAUGAAGUCGUUCAAGGCAUACAACAAGCUCCGUGUUGAACGUAUGAAUGAGUGUCAUAUUGGUGCUAGGUUGAAGAAGGCUGCUGAAGCUGAGAAAGAAGAUAAGAAGUAAGGUUGAUCUAUUGAGUGCUGUGUCUUUUGGGCUUGUUAAAAGACUUAAGUUUUUGUUUUCAUAUUGCCAAACUAAGACAGCUCUAGAAAACUCUGGUAUAGGACAGUAUCUUGUUUUUC